AGUGGCAAGCUUUUCUAGCACGCUGUGGGCCACCAUGAGGACACUUCAGCAGCCAACCCUUCGCAGCGGCGCGCGCAGGGGUGUGUUCACACCAUGCAGCCGUAAUAUGCAACGAAUUCUCGCCACAGCUGCGCACGCGGAUAUCCGACGGGAAGCUAUGCUCCGGGUGCCGCUUGAGAAGGCGCACACGUUCAAUGCCAAAUUCGUGCCUUUCACCGAUAUCCAAACUAGCAAUACGUCUAGCGAAUUUUACAGUCUGGACGACGUCGUUUACCGAUCGCGGGACGGCGGCCUGCUGGAUGUGCACCAUGAUAUGAAGGCGUUGUCGCAGUAUGGACCGGAGUACUGGCGAGCCUUGUUUGAUGCUCGGGUUGGGACAACUGCUUGGCCCUUCGGAUCCGGUGUAUGGAGCAAGAAGGAAUGGGUGCUGCCGGGUCUGUCGGACGAUGACAUUGUGUCUAUGUUCGAAGGCAACAGCAACCUAUUCUGGGCGGAACGUUUUGGCAAGGAGGCCCUGGGUAUGACUGACUUGUGGGUCAAGCAGUGCGGUAACAGCCAUACGGGCUCCUUCAAGGAUUUGGGCAUGACAGUGCUUGUUAGUCAGGUGAACCGCAUUCGGAAGCUUAAGCCAGGCAGCAUCACAGCCGUUGGCUGCGCUUCCACUGGCGACACGUCAGCGGCGCUGUCUGCCUACUGUGCCGCCGCGGGCAUUCCCUCGAUCGUCUUCCUGCCAGCGGACAAAAUCUCGCUGGCGCAGCUCGUGCAACCAAUUGCUAAUGGCGCGCUGGUGCUUAGCAUUGACACGGACUUUGACGGCUGCAUGCGCCUGAUCAAGCAGGUCACGGCAGAGACCCCCAUCUACCUGGCGAACAGCAUGAACAGCCUGCGGCUUGAGGGGCAAAAGACCGCUGCAAUUGAGAUUUUGCAACAGUUCGACUGGCAAGUGCCCGACUGGGUUAUUAUCCCCGGUGGCAACCUCGGCAAUAUCUAUGCCUUUUACAAGGGCUUCAAAAUGUGCAAGGAGCUGGGUCUCGUGGACAAGAUGCCGCGGCUCGUGUGCGCACAGGCACAGAACGCCAACCCGCUUUACCAGGCGUUCCAUAAAGCGCAAGGUGUUUCGCAAAUUAAGGAGAGCUACCAGGCCGUCAAGGCGAAGACUACCUUCGCUUCGGCCAUCCAGAUCGGCGAUCCUGUGUCCAUCGACCGAGCAAUCAUGGCGCUGCAGGACGCCAACGGCAUUGUGGAGGAGGCCUCGGAGGAGGAGCUCAUGGACGCCGCGGCGCGUGCGGACCGCACCGGCAUGUUCAACUGCCCCCACACGGGUGUUGCGCUCGCCGCAUUACUCAAGCUCCGGGAAAGGCAGAUUAUUGGGCCUAACGACAGGACGGUAGUUGUCAGCACAGCCCAUGGGCUCAAGUUCGCGCAGUCAAAGGUGGCCUACCACUCCAAAUCCGUUCCCAACAUGACGUGUCAGUUCGCGAACCCGCCGGUGCAGGUUAAGGAGGACCUGGGUGCGGUGAUGGACGCGAUCAAGGCUAAGUUCAGCCUCUGA